AUGAAAGUGUUAUUGUGCAGCGCAUGGUUUGACGCUUUACCCAUAAGUAAAUCACAAUCAACAAAAUCUAUAAUAUUUCAGCGAUUACCUGGAAAUUGAGAUGCAGUCAGAUACCUUACCGAUCAGCAUACAUCAGUGGAUAUUGCUUUGUUUAUAAGGACGCAGGACAUUAUAACUGCUCCACUGUGAAAGAAACCGCCUCUGGGCUUUAUGCCCCCAAACUUGUAUCUCUCAGUUCGGUGGAAGAACGGAUUGUUAGUCACCUAAAGAAAAUUAAUAUCUUCAGUUCGGUGAAUGAACAGGAUCUAUGCGUUUUAAGUAAGCGGUAGUGGAAGAAGCAUUAUUCUGAGUGCAUGUUUUUAGAUAUGGGAUUCCGUUGUCCCAGUGGAUAUGAUUUGUUUGAAGAUUUUUGUUAUAAAGCCUUCAAAGACAAGAAAACUUUUGCAGAAGCAAGAUCUGUGUGCCAAAGCGAUGGUGGAGAUCUGCCAGAGGUACACAGUGAUACCGUAAACGCUCGUCUUGCAGGUAAAAUACUCUCCAAAUCAUAUCGAUUUCUUAGAGUAUGUGUAUUACAAUACAAAAUCACCGAUUUGGCUGGGGAUUCAUAUAAUUGGAAGCUAUUGGAACUACGACCGAAAACGAGUGAAUAAUAAUCACAACCACGAACAACCGUACUAUUUCAGAUGGAUGUUCCAGGAUUACGGUAGGUAUUGCGAUUUGAUUUUACAUAAAAUACAGGGAAUACACACGCCGUUCUCGACUAUGGAAUUUAUGCGGGCUAUUGGAGAUCUUUAAAACCCACGGAAUCCCAUUCAUUCGUGUGCCAAAUACGAGCUUAUUGA